AUGAGUUCAAGAAAAAAGGUGCUGUUGAAGGUGAUUAUCCUUGGUGAUUCUGGUGUUGGUAAAACCAGUCUUAUGAACCAAUAUGUAAACAAGAAAUUUAGUAAUCAAUACAAGGCCACCAUUGGUGCAGAUUUUCUUACCAAGGAAGUGAUGGUAGAUGAUCGCCUUGUUACUAUGCAAAUUUGGGAUACUGCUGGUCAAGAACGUUUUCAAUCUUUGGGAGUAGCUUUCUACAGAGGAGCAGAUUCAUGUGUGCUCGUUUUUGAUGCCACUGUUGCAAAGACAUUUGAGAACAUCAACUCAUGGAGAGAUGAAUUUUUAAUACAAGCUGGUCCACCAGAUCCAGAUAACUUCCCAUUUGUCGUUAUUGCUAACAAGAUUGACCUGGAACCACAACGUGUCGUUCCACAAAAGAGAGCUCUUGCUUGGUGUAAAGCCAAGGGUAACAUCCCUUACUUUGAAUGCUCAGCAAAGGAUGGUACAAAUGUGGAACAAGCUUUCCAAACCAUUGCAAGAAACGCUCUAGGAAAGGAAGAAGAUACACCUUUCAAUACUGGUACAGGUAUCACUGAGUUCCCUGACGAACCACAGCCAAAGAAAAAUGGAGGAUGUUGUGGAUAA